AACACCGCUUAACUCUGUUUUCAUCCAAAUAUGACUCUGUUUUCAUUAACCUUUCUUCCUAUUCACCACACCACCAUUACCAAUACUUUCCUUCUAAGAAAAUCAACAUUUUCUCAUACCCUUUUGCAUAAAAAUCAUAUUUCCAAUAACCCAAUUGUAAACUCCACCAAAAAACACUCUCAUAUUCUUCUUCAUUUUCCUUCUCUGUUUUGCUCUGUUUCUCAUAAAUCACAAUACAUAGAUGACUGAUGCAAAUGUUGCUGCAUUUGAUGAAUUUCUCCAUGGAUGGAUUAUUCGUCAAAGAAACUAUCUUGAUGAGCUUCUCUCAGCUCAACAACAGCAACAAGAGUUGGAUGAUUCUGAUAGAAGGAAUUUGUUAAACAGGGUACUCUAUCACUAUGGACAAUACUAUGAAGAGAAAUCAAAGAUAGCCCAUCAAAAUAUUCUCCUUCUUUUCUCACCACCAUGGUUUAGUUCAUUGGAAAGAGCCUUUCUUUGGGUAGCAGGGUUCAAACCAGGACUUACAUUUCAACUUGUGAACAAAACUUUGGAGGAUUUGUCAGAGGAUCAGAGGCAGAGGUUGAGUGAACUCAAACAAGAGACAAAGAUGAAGGAGAGAGAACUCAAUGAUGAAUUGGCUAAGGUUCAUGAGAGUAUGGCAGGUCUACCACUUGUUGACAUGAUUAGAAGCCAUGGAAGAGUGUGUUUGAGUAGGUCAUUCAUGGCAGAGGAAGGUACAGUUCCAAGUACAGUGAAGGAAACAUUGGAGAAUCUGGUAACAAAUGCUGAUACUUUGAGGACUGAGACAGCUUUGAGAGUUGUGCAGAUGUUGAAACCAGCUCAGGUUCUCAACUUUUUUGUUGCUGUGGCUCAGCUUCAACUCAAGAUCAGGUCUUUGGGUUUGGAUAAGGAUGCUCAGAGUGAAAACCAAGGUUGAAUUGAAUCAUUGGAAUUUUCUGUAAGCAAAAGGGGGAAAGAAGGUGCAGAAAUACCAAAGCAGAAGUCUCAAGCAUUGAAAAUGAAGCAGAUAUAUAAAGUGGAAAAAAUGUGAUCAAGAAGCUUGUUCUUCAUAGCAUUUACCAACAAAAGAAAAAGAGAUGUAGACUUCAAGAAUAUCUAAUAUCAUUACUUCUUUUAUUUCACUGUUUUGUGUAACCUAUCCAAACAUUUUACAACUGUUAUUGGAAUUAUUGAAUGCUUCUGUUUUUGGUACUAGAUUACAAAA